AUGAAAUAAUAAAGAGGAAGGCAAACCGAUAUUUCCCAUUCAGAAUCUGAGAUCUAUAAAAAUUUGGGGCUUAUUCACAAUAAAUCUGGGAAGGUUCAGCAAUAAUAAAAGCCAAAGGAGAAACCCAAAAGCUAGACUUAAAAGAAAUCUUAAUCAAGUCUGAAAUCACAAGAAAAUAAGCUCACCAAAAAAAUGAAAGAUUAUGAAAAAUAGAUCUCGGAACUAAGAUAAUAAUUAUAAGAUGAUCAAGCAAAUUAAUAAUAUAUUGAUAAUUUCAAUAGUAAAGAGUAAUAAUUCAAAUUAUUUAUUUUAGAGAGCAUUAUGAAAAACUUAUAGAAACCUAUGAAGAGACAAUUCACCAACUUAAAUAAACAGAAAUUAAUUUAUUAGAAGAAUUGUAAGGUCAGAGUGAAAUAGCAAGGGAUGCUUUGAAUAAAUUAUAUCAAUUUUAAUAGGAAUAUAAUAUUUCGCAUGAGGAAUUGAGAAAGCAUUAUGAGUGUAUAAUAAUAGUCAUAUUAUUUAGAAAUGAUUAAAGAUAAGGAGAAAGAAUUAAACUUAAAAUAUGAGCUUCAAUUACAAUAAUUGGAAAAUAUGAAUCAGCAUUCAAGAAUAUCGGAACCAAAAGCGACUUAAGAGCUUUCAAAGAAAUUAAAAGAUAUGGCAAAGAAAGAAGAAUUGUAUUUAGAGGAAAUAGAGAGUUUGAAGAACUAGUUAAAUUAAAAAAAGUCUAUUGUUAAGGAGAAGGUAUUUAUUAAUUUAAAUAAUAGGAGUUAAGAUAAAAAUUAAUUGAUUUAGAAUCAAAGUUGUAAUUGUGGGAUGACAAUUUGGAAAGAUCCAAAUCAAUGGAAUAUGAAAACACAACACUAAAAACUAAAAUAUAAUAAUUGGAGAAACAAUUGCAGCGUAAAGAGGAUAAAGAGAGAAGGCUUAAAGAUGAAUGGAAUAAAUAGUAUUAGGAAUUAUAAUCAGAAGUUAUGGUACAGUUUCAAUAUAAUUAGUAUUGGAAAAAUGAAAUGGACAAAGUCAUUAUGCAAAAUAAUCUUGUACUUUCUAAAAUAACACCAUCCAAGAAAAAAUAUUGA